AUGCCCCUCAAUCUCUACUAUGCAGGUCUUUACGAGCAGUGCCUUUCGUCUAUCGCAGUAGAGAAGAAGCGUGGGACCACGCACCAGCUGCUCCACACAGAGGGUCUGGCUCUGCGUGCACUCAACAGAAUAUCCGAGGCGAUAAGCUCCUUUCUUGCAUCCCAGAAGCUAGACCCCUUCGACCAGUCUACCACUCUAGAGUUGGCUAAGUGCUUCUAUCUCCAAGGAAACUACCCCUCUGUUAUCGCACAGUGUGAUAGCAUAAUUUCAACAGAAGGUCGGGCGCCCUGGCUUGCACAUCAACUGCGAGGAUUGGCAUCCUUCCGCAUGGGUGACAGACAUGCAGCAGAAAAACAUCUUUUUCUGGCAUAUGACCUUCAUCCAACACUGCAAGCGAAGCAACUUAUAGGAGAGCUACAGGCAGCAGCCGGCAAAUCGCAAGAGGCUAUAGCUACAAUGAACGAUAUUAUAGCAUUAUCACCAGAGUCCAUCAACGUGCUCAUUGAGCUGGGACUCUUGUACGUUAAGUUGAACUCUCUAGAUGAUGCAUUCGAAUGCUUCUCUAGAGCAGUGAUAGCUGUACAAAAGCAGCUGGCAUGUAGAAGCAGCAUGACUCUCUCUACUCCGCAAGACUCGUUUAUUUUCAGUCCGGCAUUUUUCUCUCUUGGGUACACAAUUCAAGCUAAGGACCCACGGACUGCUUUGUUGAAAUACAGAGUGGCAGCAAGCCUUAAAGGGGACAGCAAGGAUCCGCACAUAUGGGCUAAUCUUACCUAUGUGUUUGUCUCGUUAAGCAACUUAGAGGCCGCUCUCGUCUGUGCUACUCGUGCGUUUCAGUUGAACUCCACGUCUGAACCUUGUAGGCGUGCCCUGGGCCACGUGUACAUCUGCCUAGGUGACUACUGUAGGGCGUUCCAGAUCCUUUCCCCAGCCAUGGGAGACACCCGGGCAUAUGAGUCCCAAUGGCUACUUGGUAUUGCAGCCGCGAAGCUGGGUGAACUUCGAAUAGCUAUGGUGUGCCUUUCAAAAGCUGCUGACGGAGGGCUUUAUGCUGCAUGCUUGACGGGACUCUUGAUUUUUCUACAGGCCAACGACCUGACUACCGCGGCACAAUUCUCCGUCAAACUCAAGGAACUGGAUCCCGAUAAUGAUGAGAAUCUACGGCAAGGGAAGGCUGCUAUUAAACGCUUACGCAAGCUUGUUCAAGAAGAGAAUUCGACCGUGGAGGGACAGGCUGUUUCCGAAAAGAACGAGCAACUAACCACUACCGAUGGCUAG